AUGGUUAUAUCACAGUUUUACAUCCUGUCCCCACGGGGUGACACAAUCAUAAAUAGAGAUUUCAGAGGAGACGUGUCAAAAGGGAGCGCAGAAUUAUUUUUCCGAAAUGUUAAGCUACACAAAGGAGAUGCACCACCACUGUUUUAUUUGAACGGGAUACAUUUUACAUAUUUAAAAAAUAACAGUUUAUAUUUUGUUUUUACUUCUGUGUUUAACAUAUCCCCAAGUUACUUAAUGGAGUUGUUAUAUCGAGUAAUGAAAAUAUUAAAAGAUUUUUGUGGACAAAUAAACGAAGAAGUAAUUCGGCAUAAUUUUAUUUUAGUUUAUGAAAUUAUUGAUGAGGUUAUUGAUUAUGGGUAUAUACAGAAUAGCAACACAGAAUGUAUACGUAAUUUGAUUCACAACGAGAUAAGUACAACCCCAAGUGGAGGUAAUUUUUCUUCAUCUUCUUCUUCUACUGGUAGUGGCAGUAGCAGUUGUGUUACUGGUGGAAGUGUUGCAAGUGCUGUUGGAAAUUCAGUUGGUAAUAGUAUAACAAGUAUUAGCAACAGUACAAAAAAAUUGGCAAAUUUUUCUAAUUUUACCAUGAAAAAUCCAAAUACAUUACCAUCCAAUGCUUCUCAGAAGCCGAUCCAAAUAAAUGAUAAGAAGAAUGAAAUUUUUAUUGAUAUUGUUGAGAAAAUUAAUUUAAUCAUGAAUUGUAAAGGUGAAAUCAUAUAUUCAUAUAUCGAUGGGGUUAUUCAGAUUAAGUCUUAUCUCCUUGGAAAUCCAUAUAUUAAAAUAGCACUAAAUGAUGACUUGUAUAUUAAAAAUAUACACACAGAUAAUACCAAGAAUGUUAUAAUUGAUGAUUGUAAUUUUAAUCAUUUAGUUAAUUUGUCUCAGUUUGAACGAGAAAAAAUUCUCUCUCUAUAUCAGCCCGAUGGCGAAUGUAUACUCAUGAAUUAUCGCAUAAACAAUAACUUCAAGGCUCCCUUUCGUCCCUAUGCUAGUCUCUCCUAUCGUCCUAACCACACGGUGGAGCUCUUCAUUCGAAUAAGACUGGAUAUCCCAUCACAGUACACCUGCACGAAUGUAUUCGUGAACUGCAAUCUGUGCAAGCACAUAAGCAAUGUGCAUUUGGAUUUGAACACAAGCUCAGAACUCUUCUCGGCACAGUACAUAGCAAAUGAGAACAAGUUGCUUUGGACCAUAAAGAAAUUCAAGGGAGAGAAGGAAUACAGCAUACGUUCCAAAAUAACCCUGAACCCAGGAUACACAUUCUCCAAACGAGACUUUGGCCCAAUUUACAUAAUGUUCGAAAUACCUAUGUUUAACCUGUCCAAAUUGAGAAUCAAAUACCUAAGAAUUAUUGAGAAUUACCAAUCCAGCAACACACACAGGUGGGUGAGAUACAUCACACAGUCAUCGUCCUACGUGUACAGGUUGAACUGA